AUGAGACCUUUCAAAUUGUUGGAACAACUCACCAUCAGUGGGUAUCGCAGUACAAAAUUUCCAAACUGGGUUGGAGAUGUUUCGUUCUCUAAAAUGGUGUUCAUGCGAUUAAAAGGAAGCAAAUGUUGCACAUCUUUGCCACCACUUGGACAACUACCCUUACUUAAGGACCUUUACAUUGAAGGAAUGAGUGCAAUAAAGCGCCUGGGUUGUGAGUUCUACGGGCAGCAGUGUGGUGCCAAACCUUUCCACUCUCUAGAGAGACUGAGCUUUGAGUUUAUGCCAGAAUGGGAGGAUUGGUCUGCUUUUGAAACACAGGGAGUUCAGCCAUUCGGUCAUCUUAGUGAGCUUUCCAUAAAAAAUUGUCCCAAACUCGUUGGAAGAUUACCAAAUGAUCUUCCUUGUCUCAAUUCUCUUGAAAUUGAUGGUUGUCCGUAG